AUGGUUGAAGUACAACACACGAGGAAGCCCGAGUUUAAUGAGCGAUACUAUAUCUGUCGGGGCACAGGGAAAUAUUACAGUAACUUCAACAUUACUGCGAAAUAUGAUAAACUCAUUAGCAAAAGUCAUUUGUCAAUUGCAUUGAGGUCCCUCAUUUUAAAGAACAGCUGGCUUGCUCAAAACUUUUUUAAGAUCGAAGGAUCAGACAGUAGAAAGGAAAACUUUCACAAUUGGAGAAUGCAGGUAAUCAAUAAGAUCUCAUUUGAAGAUGUGGUCAAAUAUGAAAAGAUCGACAAGUUUGAUGAAGUCACUCUUGAAUACCUAAACGUGUUGACAUUGGAAAUGGGUGUUCAAAUGCCAUUGUGGAGAAUCAUUGUAUUUGAAGAAAAUACUGGUGAUCAAUUGUUGACAGUGUAUGUGGACCACUCACAGUAUGAUGGAUUAUCAGCUGUUCAAUUCCAAAAGGAUUUGUCAAAUGAGUUGUUCAAAGUUACUGAUGAUGGUGAAGUGAGGAAAACUUUAUUUGAAUAUGUUACAGAUUUUGAUCAUUUACCAUCCAAACUUAUUCCAGCUGCGGAAGUCGUUACCGACUUGUAUGUUCCUGGUUACAGCAGAAUGUUGAGUCAUUAUUUGAAGCAAUAUCUUCCCUUUUAUUCAAAAUUUUCUAGUUGGAUUUACCCCCAUGGAAACCAGAUGCCGUUAUUUCAAAAUCCAAAGCCAGUCACAAAAGAUUUGACAUCAAAGUACAAGAUCAUGAAAUUUCAUGCCGUAAAAGUAGAAGAAAUUACCAAAUUUUGCAGAUCCAAAGGAGUCACCUUAACUGGAUACUUUGAUGUUUACUUCAUUAAGGCUUUGCAAGAAACUAUAUUCAAAGCAAUCGACCCAAAAACUAAAUUCAAAACAAACUCAUACGUUGCAAUAAACGGUCGCAGAUACUACAAUGACGAUAUUAAGAACUUUAAGUACGGGACUAUGGUAUGUGGUGAUCCUGUUAUCCUUGAACGCGUUGAUGAUCCUUCGGAAGCUAUGCGCACUUUCCAGCAGCAACUUCAAGAAGACAUCAAAUCUAAAUACGCAUUCAAAACUAUUGGAAUGAUACAAUACGCUGAUCUUUGGAGUUUUUUUAAUAGCAAAAUUGGCAAAGUAGGUGGCCGUCCUACACUUACUAUAUCCAAUCUUGGAAAAAUUGCUGAUUCCAAUGAUUCAUACCGUUUUAAGGAGUUGUAUUUUGGAUCAAAUGCUGGUGUUUUGUACAACUUUGUCUUGAACAUGACUACAAUUUCUACUAAUGAGGUUACUGCUGUUAUUGGGUAUUUGCCAGAAUUUGAAACAUACAGUCUCGAUGGCAAGAAAGUAAUAGAUGAAUUUCUCAACUUAUUUAGAUCUUAUAUUGAAGAUGGUACCAAAUUGAUACAAUAA